UAAUGCAACAACUAAGAACCGCCGCAAAUGCAAUCGCAAAUCAUCCAAAUUUAAUCCUUAAUUAAUUAAUUAAUCACAUACGCACAACAAUGCCAGACGAGAAGGCGUUCACCCUCGCCGCCACCCGCCCCAAGCGACGCGCCGGCAGGAGGAUAUUCAAGGAGACGCGCCACCCGGUGUACCGCGGCGUCCGCCUCCGGAACUCCAACAAGUGGGUGUGCGAGCUGCGGGAGCCUCGCCACCAGAAGCGCGUCUGGCUCGGGACCUACCCCACGCCGGAGAUGGCCGCCAGGGCCCACGACCUCGCCGCACUGGCGCUCCGGGGCUCCGCCGCCUGCCUCAACUUCGCCGACUCCGUCUCGCGCCUUCCUGUCCCCUUGUCUAAGGACGCCAAGGACCUCAGGAAGGCGGCGGCCGCCGCCGCCGAGGCGUUCCGGCCGCGGGAGGAUUUUGUCGAGAAGGGCGCGGCGGAGUUCUUGGAAAUAUGUGAGCUUUCGAGCGUGGCGGAGCUGGCGGAGGCGGUUCUUAUGUCGCCGCCGCCGUUGUUGGGGUGGCGAUUCAGCUGGGAUGAGGUGGAGAGAGAUGCUCAGGUGGACUUGGAGUUGUGGAGUUAUUAAAUACUGAGUAUAUGACUUUCAGUUUUGGGAGUAACUGAUUAUAAAUGUACAUUUCUGUGUUUUUUAUUAUUAAAUGAAAACAAAUUUAAAUAUCGUGUUAUGAUGGAUAUGAA